CGCGGUUUAAAAUACUCAAGAUAGGCUCGCGCUGCAGUUUGAAGAUUUGUGUAUGAGGACGGUGAUCUGGGAUUAAAAUAAUAAUAAUAAAAUAAAAAAUCGAUUAUCGUAAAAUAUUCUGAACUAAUGAGCAGCUUUUUAAAUAUUAUUGGAUUAAGAAGACAGUGAUGGCACUGCAUCCAGCGAAGGAAGAGGCUCUUCUAGUGUGGAUCAACAGCCUGCAGCUGGACAAACCGGUGCAGCGAAUCGCAGACCUGCAGGAUGGAAAUCUGUUGCUCAAACUCGUCUAUAAACUGAAAGGGGAGGAUCCUAACCAGGCUCCUGUGCACUUGCCUCAAGCAGAAAGGUUGUCCAUCAUCUCUGACUUCCUCUGCAGGGUGUGUCAUGUGGAAGAGUGUAUCGUCCUCACACUGGCCAAGGGAAAGAUGCUGGAGUUGGAGCUCACCAAGGUCGUGCUGUUCCUGUCGUACUACGGACUCCUUAACAACAGUCUGGUGCCCAAGGUGGAGUUUGAAACCGAGGUGCAGAUGGUGACCAUGUGGCGUUAUGUUGAGGAUGGAGCGAGCAGUCUGUCCCUGCGUGAAGGUCUGGACAAACUCCUCGCCACAAACUCUCUGACCUACAUGUCGUCCGUGAGCAGUAUGUCCUCGAACAGUGAGGAUAACUCUCCCCUUUUCUCCCGCUCACGUCGCUCUCCAGUUGUCGACUUUGUGGAGCUCAAAACCGUGGCCUCCAGCUCGUUUGUCAGCUCUCCACUACAGGAGAUGAUGAGCACGCCUCAGGUACAGGUCAAGCGACUGCGUAAGGAGUUGGCACGUGAAGGAGACGUGCGUGACGAGUUGGAAAGGGAGCUGGCAGAGCGCGUCGCUGUCCUCUCAGAGAAAGAGGGACAGAUCAGUCAGCUUCAGCACAGGCUGCAACGCUUGCAGAGGGAUCAGGACGAGAUGGAGAAGGGGCAUAAAGCUGCACUGAGUGAUCUCCAGCAGCAGAAUGAUGGACUCCUCGGACGGGUACACGAGGUCAUAAAGCAGUGUCGAGACCUGAAAACAGACAACGGUCAGAAAGAGAGACGGAUUGAUGAGCUGUUGGAGGAGAACGGCACACUCGCCACGCAGAUGAGGAACACCUGUGCCCAGCUUGCAAGGGCCGAGGAGGAAAUCCUUAAACUAACAGAAGCUCACAGCUCGUCCCAGACAGAGUGGGGGAGCAGGAGGGACUUGCUGCAGAGAGAGCUAAGCCAGGCUCUCACUGACAGGGAAUGUCUUGGUGAGCAAAUUCAGAUCUUACAAGGAAAGAUCUCCGUUUUAGAGGAUGAGCUCGCCAAACUCUCGCAGCAGCUCCAAGAGAAAGGUGAAGUCCUGGGACCGAUUGUAGAGCGGGAAAAACUAAAGCAGGAACUCGCCGACUUGACUCUAAAACUUUCCCAGUGUGAAGAAGCCAUUUCUCUCCUUGAGAAGGAGAAAACGGAUGUUGAAGCACUAUUGGCAGAAGAACGAAGCUCUUUUGAAAAGAAAACCCUCCACUUGGAGGGACGCAUUUCAGAUCUUCAGCAGACAAUAAACACUAUACAAGCAGAGAAGGAUGCUCAGGAACAUGCCUCAAAGACCAAACAGGAUGCUCUUACCUCCCAGAUAGCAGCUUUGGAAACUGAUCUGGCUCGUCUUCAAAAGCUAGAAGUACAGUUAACAGCAGAGAUUGCUGCAUCUGCUGAACUUCGUCAGCAACGUGGGAUGCUGGAGGCAAAGGUCGCUUCCUUGGAGGAUACUGUUAAUAUGCUACAAUCCAGGUGCCAAAACAUGGAGGCAGAAAAUGCAACACAGCAGCAACUUCUUAAUGCUGUCAGGGGUGACCUGCAAAAUGCUCAAAUUUCCCUUGUGGAAUAUGAAAAAAAGCUGGCAGACCAUCAAAAAGUGGUGGAGGAGAAUGCCUCUCUCCGAGCCAGGAUCUCUGCACUGGAUAAUACUGUUGCAAAUCUGCAAAUGGAGAUUGAUGCAGAGAGAAAAAGAGGUGAUGAGCUUCUUGCAGUGAAAGAGCAGCAGGCAGCUUUGAUGGAGGAAAAGUUCCAAAAACAGGAGCAAAAAGCUCAUGAGAUGUUUGCCGAACUCGAAACUCUGAGUCAGGAGCUUCGCAAAAUGAAGCAUCAGAAACUCGAGGCUGAAUCUUGUAUAGAGACAUUAACCCAAGAAGGAAUGGACCUUAAAGCAAGUCUAUUGGAGGAGCAAGCUCGAGCCCAAUCACAACUGGCUCUUGUAAACAAGGCCAAAGAGGAAAAGGAGAUGGAACUGCAGCAAAUUAUUACAGAUAAUCAGAGCAAAAUAUCAGAAUUACAAAGUAAGAUUGAGGGAACUGUUGAAUCACUGAAGCAAAGUGAAUCUGAAGUGUCAGUGCUGAAAGAAAAAAUUGUUUCUAAAGAUGGAGAUCUCGUCAUACAACAAAAGGAAUUGGCCCACCUUCAAAAUGAGGCAGAAAAUCUGCAAAGGCAGCUCAUGGAGGUAGAAGGGCUUUCGCAACAAUUGAGUCAGGAUGUGGUAUCCAAAGACCAGGAAGUUCAACACUUGAAGGUGGUGCUUGAACAGAAGGAAGGAGAGAUCCAGUCCCUUAAGGACAGUCUUCAGUCUGUUGAGGUGAAGUCCAUUGAAAUGCGUGAUCUUCACCAAAAGGAAGCUGAAGAACAGAUGCUUGCUAUUGCAGAACUGAAGGUACAGCUUGCCGAAGCUGAGAAACUUCUCUCAGAGAAAGUUAAAACUCUGGAAGCUCUUGUCCAGCAGUUAAAGGAUUUAAAGGAAGAGCUUUCUUCUGAAAGGCAGAGAGUUGCAACCUUGGAAAUUAGUUUUAAGGCUUCAAAAGAGGCCCAUGAAGCCCAGGAGCAGACUUUAAGACUGGAAGUUACACAACUGCAGCAGGAGAUUGAUGGACAUUUGAAGAAGUUGGAGGAGUCUUUAAAUGAGAUUAAUUCCCUCAAAGAAGAAAUGUCUUGUCAACAGGAUGUCGCACUCCAGAAAGUACGAGAAGUUUCUGUUUUAGCCGAACAAAACCGAUCUCUGGAGGAAAACUUGGCUCAACUUCAGAAUCAACUUGCAGAAGCAACUACACUAGCUGCAGAAAGACAAUCUGAAUUACGCAAGCUUCAAGAGGAGGUUCAGCAUCAAGCGAAUCUCAGAGUAAAAGCUCUGGAAAUUGAAGAGAUUCAACGUAAAGAGCUUCAAAGGGAGGUAACGGAACUUCAAGCCAGAGUUCAGGAGCUUGCUACUCUUGCUUCUGAAAGAGAAAUGCAGCUUGGUUCUCUUCAUGAAAAGAUGAAGGAACAGGAAGAAUACAACCGGAAACUCCUUCAAAAAUCUGAAGAAGCUCUUCAGAAAGAACUUGAGAACGUGGUAGACUUAAAGGUGCAACUUGAGUCUGCCAAGCACCAGACCACAGUUAAAACUGAGAUUUUGGAGUCAACGGAAGACAAGCUGAAACAAAUGGAGCUCCUGUACCAACAGAAGGAGACCCUUGCUAGUGAAGCAUGUCAGGCCAAGGAAACUUUAGAGAGGACCGUGACUGAGCUUUGCAGUAAACGGAAGCGAGAUUUGGAUAGGUUCCAGCAAGAUUUAGAGAGCUUAAAAAAGGAAAAGGAACACCUGGCUUUGGUAAAUGAGUCUCUUCAAAGUGAAUGCCAGACCUUGCAAGCACAGAGCAAAGAGCAACAAGAGACAGUAAAUGCAUUUAAGGCUGACCUGCAGAGCACCCAAGAAGAAUAUGAGCGAAAUAUAGAAGCCCUGAAAAAGGAGAAGGAGCAUCUCCAGGAUGAGUGGCAGAGCUUGCAGACUGAGAACAAAGGACAGCAAGAGGUUCUAAAUACCCUGAAGGCUGAUCUUCAGAAAACCCAGGAUGGGUUUCAGAAAGAUUUGGAGAUCCUGAAAAAGGAGAACGAACACCUUUCUUCAGUAAACGAGACUCUCCAGGUUGAAUCUCAGAACUUGCAUAUAAAGAACAAAAGUCAACAUGAGGCUAUGAACACCUUAAAGGCUGAUCUCCAGAACACACAGAUUGGGUACCAGCAAGAGGUAGAAACCUUGAAAAAGGAACAGGAACAUCUAUCUUCGGUGAACCAGUUACUUCAGACGGAGUAUCAGAACUUGCAGGCAGAGAACAAAAAGCAACAGGAGACACUAAGUGCAGUAAAGGUGGACCUACAGAAUGCCCAAGAUGGGUACCAGCAGGAGUUUGAAACUUUGAAGAAGGAGAAAGACCAUCUCACCUCAAUGAGUCAGUCCCUUGAGAGUAAGUGUCAGAACUUGCAGGCAGAGAAUAAGGUGCAGCUGGAGGAGUUGAAUGCCCUUAAGGCUGACCUGCAAGAAAACAAAGGUAAAUAUGAAAAAGAUCUGGAGAUUUUAAAGAAUGAGAGGGAUCAGCUCUCUUCAGUGAACCAGUCCCUUCAGACUGCAUGCCAAACCUUGCAAGCAGAGAACAAGGGACACCAAGAGAUGUUAAAUGCUCUCAAGGCUGACCUACAGAAUUCCCAAGAUGGGUACCACCAAGAAUUAGAAACUUUGAAGAAGGAACAGGAACAUCUCUGUUCUGUGAACCGGUCCCUCCAGAGUGAGUGCCACAACCUCCAGGCAGAGAAAACUUGUCAACAGGAGGAGUUGAAUGCCCUCAAGGCUGAUCUGCAAGAGAACAAAGAUGAACAUGAAAAAGAUCUGGAAACCUUGAAGAAUGAGAAGGAGCAGCUUGCCUUGGUGAACCAGAACCUCCAGGCAGAGAAAAUGAGGCAACAUGAGGAGUUAAAUGCCCUCAAGGCUGCUGUGCAAGAAAACAAAAAUAAAUACCACAAAGAUCUAGAGACCUUCAAGACCGAGAAGGAUCACCUUGCCUCGGUGAACCAAUCCCUUCUUGAAGACCUUGAGGCAGCCCAGAAGGCGAGAGCAGAUCUGGCCUCUGUCAAACAAGUCGCCCAACAGCGAGAAAUUGAGCUUGAAAACCAAGUUGAGGAACUACAGGUGAAGAUUAAAGAAUUUUCAAUACUAGCUGAUAAAAGGGAGGCUGACAUAAGAAAUCUUCAGCAAGAAGUAAAGCAGCAAGAUGCUUCAAGGCUAAGCACUCAAGAAUCUGAGAAGGCUCUAAGGGCUGAAUUGGAGACAAAGGUUGCUCAACUUCAAGUCCAGUUUGAAGAAGCCUCUAAACUUGCAUUGGAGAGAGAAUUGGAGUUGAGCUUGCUUCAAGAUCAGUUUAAAGAGUCUGAGAAGCAGAAGCAAGAUGCCUGUCAGGCUAACGAAGUCUUGGAGAAAGCAGUUUCUGACCUGCGCCUCAAGACAAAACGGGACCUUGAGGAGUACCAUCAGCAACUGGAAACUUUGGCAAAGGAGAAAGAUGCCCUUGCUUCUGUAAACCAGUCUCUCCAGUCUGAGAAAAGGGCACAGCAGGAGGCUGUGAAUGACCUACAGAGUGCCUUGCAGCAGGAGGUGAAGACACUGAAAAAAGAAAAGGAACAUCUGUCUUUAGUAAAUCAGUUGCUUCAGAGGGAGGGUGACUCCUCCCAGAGACUUGGUGCAGAGUUGGAGGCAAAGCUGAAAGGACAGCGUGAAUCAAUCCGAGCUAUGAAAGAGGCGAUCCAAAAGAAAGAGCUGCAGAAUCAAGAACUACAGGAGCAGCUCAAGGUGAAGACUGAAACCGUGGAGCACUACAAAGGACAGGUAGAAAAAGCGAAAACUCAUUACAACGGUAAAAAACAACAACUUCACGAAGAGCAGGAAGCACGUCAGACCCUUCAGGCCUCUCUGGAAGCCAGUGAGCGUGAGGCAAAGGACUUGAAGGUGGAGUUAAAACAAGUCUCCAUGGAGCUGGAGAAGAUCAAGGAUUCUGAGAAGAGUUUAACGAUAAAGGUCAAGAGUCUGGAGACACAGUUGGAUUAUGCAGACCGUCAGUUAAGAGAACUGAGAAGGCAGGGAGGCCAAAGUGUCCAGGUGAAACACCGAGAAAGCAUUUAUUUGAAAAUCCCAGAAAAUCCACAGAAUACCAGCAUGGACAGCUUGGACCUCGACUUGAAUGAUUCUCUAAGUGCCACUGGUAAACAGUCCGUGUCUGAUGAGUCCAACACUCCUUUGGUCCGAAGUUCUGAACGAUUAGCAGCAAAGCGUCGUGCUCAAAACGGUGGAUCCCGAGAGACGUUGUACUUCACUCCCAUGAUGCCUCGCACUAAGAAACGUGACGGCACAUCUCCGGAUCACAGACUCGAAAGCAGCAUUACGUCAUUCGGAGAGCUGACUCUGGAUUCGGCGAGGAAGCCUAGCUCUUCGGUCCGGAAACGACGCACCACACAAAUCAUCGACAUCACCAUGUUCAAGAAAACUCCUCUCGGUGAUGGGGGCGCGGCAGACAUAGACGACUCUUUCUUCAGCCCGCACUCUGUUCCGUCUCUACGUGCAAAAGAUCCGGCCUCCCAUAAAACUCGCCCUGUGUCUGCAGAGAUCUUUGAGGAUCCCAGCAAACUUCUCAGCCUUCCUGGGUAUCGUCGUAGCAACGUGCACAGCAACGUUCCCCCACGAGCCUCGAGCUUGUACUGUCUAGAAUCUGAGCCUGAGCCGGACCACUUGGCUGAGGACUGGAUGAGAAUUGCAGAGCUGCAGUCGCGUAAUAAAACCUGUUUACCUCACCUGAAGAGCAGCUACCCGCUGGAGUCCAGGCCCAGCCUGGGUUUCUCUCACCUGCCUGUAACCGAUGAGGAAGUUCGUACUGGCGACCCUGAUGAGACCAUCCGCCGUGCUUCCAUGAUCCCCUCUCAGCUUAAGGAGUCAGUCAUGGCUCAUCGGCACUCUCUAGCUCCGCCUGCUGCAGAUGCUCAUGGCCACGCCUCCUCCCAACGUGCUCCCCAGGCCACAAAAGCACGGGAAGUGCGAGCCACACGCAGCCCGCUGGCAGCCAAACGGCCCGCGGGACAAAUACAAGACAUGGACACGCCCGAGGCAAAGAAGUUGACCAGCUGCUUCCCUCGAACCCCGAAAGGAAGAAAUCUUCGCUCUACCAACUCGCAAAACAUUGCACCGUCUCUGGCUGAUCGGAGGCAGUCCAUGGCGUUCGUAAUCGAUAAUACCCCUAAGAAGUUUGUGCGUGGGGACAGCAGGCUGCAGCGCGGCAUCAACAAAUUCCGCAAAUCCCCACGCACCGCCAGCACAAAGUCACCAAAAUCCACCAGCAGUGCAAAGAAGUUGAUGAAGUUCAGGAUGAAGAUGUGAGACUGCAUCCUUCCUCGUCCUCUAAACAACGUGCAAUAGAAACAAUGCAGGAUUCUGUUUUUUUAAAAAUAGAUAUUGAAUGUUUUGGUUGUGGAUUGUAAUUAUGCUUAUAAAUUUGUCAUAAUUUGAAAUUCCUUGCAGUUACUGCUCAUCUCGUUGUGCAGAUUUUUCAGUUUUGAUUAUGAUUAUUAUUGCAGAGACAAAAAAAAUCACUACUUUUUUUUUGUUUUUGUUUUUUUUUAAAAAACAAACCUAAACUCCUUUUAUUGCCUUAAUACUGCUGUUCUUAUCCUAUGAGACCCGAGCAGGAAGGAACUGAUUUCACUGCCCACCUCGGCAACCUCUGACCACCAUCUCCUCCACCGUGUUCUGCGUCUUGUAUAUUGUGGUAAAUCAUAAAGCUGAUUAUCGGCACAGCCCUGGAUUGUAUUAUAUAGCGGUUUUAAAUCCUAGGAGAUGCUCUUAUCCAUGUUUUUACUAAAUAAUGCAAUGGUCGUCUGCUAAAUGGGCUCACACGCUUUUGUCUAGUCCAGUAUUUCCACAGAGAUGUAAAUAUUUAGAAUUUUUGUUUCUCUCUCCGUUUGUGGGUCUUUUCCCCACCCUUCCUGUAUGCAUUUGAAAUGCUUCUGGUUUGUCCAUUUGAUCUGGCAUUAUGGACUUUUUUUUUUUCUCCUCUCAGUUAAUGUGUGUGUGUGUGUGUGUGUGUGUGUGUGUGUGUGUGUGUGUGUGUGUGUGUGUGUAUUUGUGCCCCCAAUGUAUUUUUUUUAAAUGUUUGUUUGUCCAUUUGUUCUUUUCUAUUCUUUGCUUCAUUUUUCACUUUUAAAAAAUUUUAGAUUUAUGCACAGGAAUUAAACUCUCAUUAAAGUGA